UGUUGUUAUUGGCGGCUCCCAAGAUGGCGUCUAUCAUGGAAGGGCCGUUGAGUAAAUGGACUAAUGUGAUGAAGGGCUGGCAGUACCGUUGGUUCGUGCUGGACUACAAUGCAGGUCUGCUUUCCUACUACACGUCCAAGGAUAAAAUGAUGAGAGGCUCUCGCAGAGGAUGUGUUAGACUCAGAGGAGCAGUGAUUGGUAUAGACGAUGAGGACGACAGCACCUUCACAAUAACUGUUGAUCAGAAAACCUUCCAUUUCCAGGCUCGUGAUGCUGAUGAGCGAGAGAAGUGGAUCCAUGCCUUAGAAGAAACAAUUCUUCGACAUACUCUUCAGCUUCAAAUCAGUACUACACUUGCUUUUUUCCAGUCUUCUGGUAUCUCUCCAGUUCUUGAAUUUUCAAAAAUAAUUGGUUUGGAUUCAGGAUUUGUUCCUAGUGUCCAAGACUUUGAUAAGAAGCUUACAGAGGCUGAUGCUUACCUGCAAAUCUUGAUAGAACAAUUGAAGCUUUUUGAUGACAAACUUCAAAACUGCAAAGAUGAUGAACAGAGAAAGAAAAUUGAAACUCUCAAAGAGACAACAAAUAGCAUGGUAGAAUCAAUUAAACACUGCAUUGUGUUGCUGCAGAUUGCUAAAGACCAGUGUAAUGCGGAGAAGCACGCAGAUGGAAUUAUAAGCACUAUUAAUCCUGUAGAUGCAAUAUAUCAACCUAGUCCUUUGGAACCUGUGAUCAACACAAUGCCUUCCCAGACUGUCUUACCUCCAGAACCUGCUCAGUUGUGUAAGUCAGAGCAACGUCCAUCUUCUCUACCAGUUGGACCCGUGUUAGCUACCUUGGGACAUCAUCAGACUCCAACACCAAAUAGUACAGGCAGUGGGCAUUCACCACCUAGUAGCAGUCUCACUUCUCCAAGCCAUGUCAACUUGUCUCCAAAUACAGUCCCAGAGUUCUCGUAUUCCAGCAGUGAAGAUGAAUUCUAUGAUGCUGAUGAAUUCCAUCAAAGUGGCUCAUCCCCAAAGCGCUUAAUAGAUUCCUCUGGAUCUGCCUCAGUCUUGACACACAGCAGCUCAGGAAAUAGUCUAAAGCGCCCAGAUACCACAGAAUCACUUAAUUCUUCUAUGUCCAAUGGAACAAGUGAUGCUGAUCUUUUUGAUUCACAUGAUGAUAGAGAUGAUGAAGGCGAGGCAGGGUCGGUGGAAGAGCACAAGAGCGUUAUCAUGCAUCUCCUGUCACAGGUUAGGCUUGGAAUGGAUCUUACUAAGGUAGUUCUUCCAACAUUUAUUCUUGAAAGAAGAUCUCUUUUAGAAAUGUAUGCAGACUUUUUUGCACAUCCGGACCUGUUUGUGAGCAUUAGUGACCAGAAGGAUGCCAGAGAGCGAAUGGUUCAGGUUGUGAAAUGGUACCUCUCAGCCUUUCAUGCCGGAAGGAAAGGAUCAGUUGCCAAAAAGCCAUACAACCCUAUUUUGGGUGAGAUCUUUCAGUGUCAUUGGACAUUACCAAAUGAUACUGAGGAGAAUGCAGAGCUAGUUUCAGAGGGACCAGUCCCUUGGGUUUCCAAAAACAGUGUAACAUUCGUGGCUGAGCAGGUUUCCCAUCAUCCACCCAUUUCAGCCUUUUAUGCUGAGUGCUUUAACAAGAAGAUACAAUUCAAUGCUCAUAUCUGGACCAAAUCAAAAUUCCUUGGAAUGUCCAUUGGGGUGCAUAACAUUGGGCAAGGCUGUGUCUCCUGUUUAGACCACGAUGAGCAUUACAUUCUCACAUUCCCCAAUGGUUAUGGAAGGUCUAUCCUCACAGUGCCCUGGGUGGAACUAGGUGGAGAAUGCAGUAUUAAUUGUUCUAAAACUGGUUAUAGUGCAAGUAUCGUCUUCCACACUAAGCCCUUCUAUGGGGGCAAGAAGCACAGAAUUACUGCCGAGAUUUUUUCUCCAAGUGAUAAGAAGUCUUUUUGCUCAAUUGAAGGAGAAUGGAAUGGUGUAAUGUAUGCAAAAUAUACAACAGGGGAGAAUGCAGUUUUUAUAGAUACUAAGAAGUUGCCUAUAAUCAAGAAGAAAGUGAGAAAGUUGGAAGAUCAGAAUGAGUAUGAGUCCCGCUGCCUUUGGAAGGAUGUCACCUUCAACUUAAAAAUCAGAGACAUUGAUGCAGCAACUGAAGCCAAGCAUCGACUUGAAGAAAGACAAAGAGCAGAAGCCCGAGAAAGGAAAGAGAAGGAAAUUCAGUGGGAGACAAGGUUAUUUCAUGAAGAUGGAGAAUGCUGGGUUUAUGAUGAACCACUACUGAAACGUCUUGGUGCUGCCAAGCAUUAGGUUGGGAAACGCAGAGUUUAUACCUGAUGCCCAGGGCAGUAGGCAUAAUUAAGCAACACUCUUCCUUUGGGAGAACCUACUCACUCCCAUCUUAUUGCAGUGGUUCCUAUCUCAGGGAUACUGGACUUUCUGAUGCAUAUGAACAGUUAUAAAUGAGAAAAACUUCCCUUUUUUCCUCUUCUGUAGCAGUUACAAUUUUGACAUCAGUCCUGAGAAAAACUUCAGGUUUUGAAAGCAAGAUGUCUGCUUCUUUUCCAAACCCCAUCCUUUGAAAAGCAUUUAUAAAUCCCAGUCUUAGACUGCAUUCUAGUACUGCUGCUGAGAUACACAUCUGUUUAAGUUCAUAUAAUCUUGGGUUCUAUAUACAUAUAUAUAUAUAUACACACACACACACACACACACACACACACACACACACACGUACGUAUAUACCUGAUGCCAGAUUUUUCAUAAGUACUCCAUGUACUGUAAAUAAAUACUGGUUCCUCUGAGUUUUAGAAAAUUAGAGUGAUGUAUUAUAAUCAAGUGCUGGGAAAUUUCACAACCUCACCUACAAUAACUUUGUUUUGGAUUUGAACUAUUAAAUUGUAUCUAACUGGACUACAGUUUAAUUAUACUCAGUGCUUCUUAGGGCUUCAUAAAGUGAUUUUUCCAACCUUU